AUUGUGAAGAAAAAAAAUAUAACAGAGCAGCCGUCUCCCAAAUCCUUAAAAGCCGAAAAAAAUGACUUCCGAGCAAAAUAAAACAGGUCUCAAAACAAAGACUAAAGAGGAAAUAUACACAGAAUUCCAACAAUUAAGGACACAACAACGAAACUUAGUUACAAAUCUCAAUACACUCGAGCUGGAUUUGAAAGAACACAAAACCGUAAUUGACACCUUAAAAACUGUUGAUCCAUCAAGAAAAUGUUUCCGCUUGAUCGGCGGAGUGCUCGUUGAACAAACUGUCAAGGAAGUUUUGCCGCAACUGGAAUCCAAUAGAGAUAAGUUGGAUGGAUUAAUUGAAAAAGGAAAGGAACAAAUCACGAAAAAAGGUGAAGAAAUCUUGAAAUACAAAGACGAACACAACAUACGAGUUCAAGGGCAACCGGAAGGAAAUGCCGAGGAUAAAUCUGAUCCUACAUCAGCUGCAAGUGCAAGAAAUGUAUUAGUUGUUGACAAUAAUUAAAAGAAAAGUUCAGUUUGAUAGAUUACAAAAAGUCUUACAAUGCACAUCAUUAACGCAUUUUUUUUUCAAAUUAAAACACAUUAAAGGUCCAUUAACAAAUCUUUAUAAAAAUAACUGAAGAACAAUUAUAUGAAAAAAAUAAAGAUACUAAUAUAAGGCAAAUAUUGCACUUUUGA